AGGACAGAGAAGAAAAUCUGCUUGUUAGUUGCAGAGAAGACGACAGAUUCAGGGUUUACCUGCAGAGAAUGCAGUGUGAGCAGAGUUUCUGGAGGUGGCUAGACUCAAAGCUCUGGAAACACAGACAUGCAGGGUAAAAGGCAGAGGGAUUUGGUUGAGAUAUGUGAAAAAGGUCAAUUGGAUUUGUGCUGGAGGUCCUCUUGAAAUAGCUCAGAGGGACCACAGAUGCCGUGCAUUCAUGACCACCGUGCAGCGAUGCACUGGCAGGAUGACUUCUGUGUCUCAUCGCUGAAAUUAUGGGUCAAGCAGAGAGCGCAGCUGGCAAAGAAGUGACCCUUCAGAACAUCCAGGAGCUGUACCGCAGGUUUGCCAGCGAAUGUCCAAGUGGGAACCUGCACUUCCACGAGUUCCGGAGGAUCUUUGGGGUCAGCAGCAGCUCCACACAGGAGAGUGCUUACAUGAAGAUUGUGUUCCAGUCCUUUGAUACAAACAAGGAUGGUAAAAUAGACUUCAUGGAGUAUGUGGCUGCUGUGAACCUGAUUCUUCGAGGGAAGCUGGAGGACAAACUGAAAUGGUCUUUCAAAGUGUACGACAGAGAUGGAAAUGGCAGCCUGAGCAGGCAGGAGGUCGGUCAUGUUGUUCAUAUUAUCAACAACAUAAAGAAACACGAGGAUCCAAACCUUACAGAAAGUGCAGAUGACAUCUGUGACAGAAUGUUUCAACUGCUGGACAAGAACAGAGACAGUCAGAUUUCUUUGGAAGAAUUUAUUGAGGGAGCAGAGAAAGACCCGUGGCUGAUGGAGCACCUCAGAAUGGACAUCAGGCCCACCGAAUGGUUCGUCAGGCAUCACUCCUGAGCAGCAGACAGUAGUGAUCCUCUGCCUCCUUUCCAACGUCCCACCUUUUUUUUUAUAAAGACACAUGCAUUGUUGUGGUUCCGAAUCUGAAAAGGCAUUGUAGAGGUUUUUAAUGGAGGACACUGGGGCUUUGAAGCCCUGUGAUGGACUGGUCCAGGGUGUACCCCGCCUUCACUCUUCUGUAGCUCUCCAGCAGCUCCUUGACCCCAAACAGGAGUAUAGUGGGUCUGAAGAAGAUGGAGCAGUUUAGUUACCUGACACCUUAGUCUUUUUAGGUGUAGAUGACAUGGAGAUCUGAUCUGGGGCCAGAACCUUCCUAAAGCCUUGCACAGCAACCAGUCCCACAUCAGAGGCACAUUCCUGCAGCAACCAGCUGCUGAAGGUCCUGAUUCCUCUCUGGGGACUGUCAGCAGCACCACUGGCUGGCUGGCUGGGAAACUGGUUUUAGAUGUCCACACCUCCUGUUUGCAUCUUCCACAGUCUCUUCUGGGUAAAGUUAAACUUUAAUACGAAUUGCCAGUUAUCUCUUUUGUUGACCCUCUUCCUUUCUCUUUACCCAAAUGAAGCAUCAAUGACCCGCCCUGAUGUGACAUUCAGAUUCUAUCUGUACAUCUGCAUGCCUUUAUUGAAAGGUGGGGGCUUCCAUGCCAGCAAAUGUAAACUUCACUGAACGCCGGCUCUGUCAGCUGUUUGAAGAGACGGGAAAAGUUCAGCUGCUGCUGAAAAAAUCCCCCAAAAGUUUCUCUUCAUGUCUUUGUUGUUUUUUACGGAUGACUGUACAACUUUUUCAAUAACUGUCAAAAUGUUGACACAUGUUGGAUGUUCUGUAGCAGAAAGUCCGGUAUGAGCCCAUUGACUGUAUAUGAGAACUGGACUGAGGGACCCCUCCACCCAGGCGUUCCAAACAGGAAGUAAACAGAUAUUACUCGCUACUACUAACCAUUCUUAAUUUGCUGCCUUUUUCUUGACAUGUUCUCGCCAAUCCAAUUUUUUUAGAUUUUUGUAAUUUGUUGUUCAGUUGUAAACUAGGGAUGGGUACCGAGCCCCGGUAUUGAACGAGCCCCGGGCAACAUUCUUCAAGACCGCAGUAUCGUUAAGAUCUGACCUCAACG